AUGUCCGUCCCCGCCUUCACCGCCGCCCUCACAGCCUCCCAAAACAAGGAGAAGUUCUCCGCCAAGGUGCAACAGCUCGCCGGCGCCAUCGACGCCUCCGCCCUGAGCGCCGCCAUCGAAGCCAUCCUGGCCGGCGGCGACGAUGCCUCCGUCUCCGACGCCGAGCAGAGCAAGGCCCUCACCGCAGGCUUCGAGUAUGCGACUGAGCUCGUCAAGGAGCUGAAGAGCUCGCCUGGGAACGAUGAUAAGCUUAAGCUUUACGCUUUCUUCAAGCGCUCCAAGAACGAGGAGCCUGCUGCGCCGGGCGCGUUUGCGUUUGAGGCCAAGUACAAGUACAACGCGUGGAAGGAGAUCAAGGACAUCAGCCAGCAGCGCGCCGAGGCUCUGUACAUCCAAAAGGUCAACGGUCUCCUCGAGUCGAUCGGCACCAACUAA